CAGUAAUCCUCUCAGCUGCUUGUCCUUUGUAAGGCACAGUAGGAUGAGUUUUAGAGCACGCUACAAGGAGUUUUUAAUAAAGAUGACCACCAACCUAUGGAUUUAUUUCUGUUAUCUCUGACAGAUGGAAGCAAUUUGUGAAAUGGAUUUAUCAGAGUUUUGUUUUGGCAGCCGCAUUGUGGAGAAGAAUCCUAUCACACUCAACAAACUCAGCCAUCUGAAAAUGACAGACACAGCAGGUGGCUAAGGACUUUGGCUGUUAUUUUUUUAUUUUUUUUUAUUUUUACAUUAUUCACUGCACUACCGCUUUGGUGUCUCCAAGAAGACAGAAAAAUCAGCUUGUAUUUGAAAACAUCAGAAAUGGGCUGCUCACCAUCCAAAGGUAACAAUUUUGGCACUCUGGGUGCUAUGAGGAAGGGGCGAAUGCUACCCCCUGCUCCCCUAGAGAGCCCCAGAGAUUCCCAGUUUGAUGUCGGAGGGAAUCAUAGCUCAACUGGAUCAACAGAUGGGGACACAAAGGAGAAAAAGACAGCUGGUCAAACUCAGGUAUUUCAGAAAGAGGCAAACAUGACACCACAAAAGAAGAGAUCUGUGACUGAACAAGUAAACAUGGAAGCAGUGAACAUGGAUAAAUUAGGGAAUCAAGGAACAGACAGCAUCACAGUGUCACAGAGGAAAGAGAAAAACAUUAACAAACAAGAUGUAGCAGAGAAAAAGCCCAUCAGAAAACCAAAGAAAAAUACAAAAGGUGCAAAAGGUCUUAAAAAGAAAGAGAAGGACAAAGACAAACUGUCUGCCGAACAGAAAGUGGACUUUCCGGAGCCUCUGGUAAAUGCUCAUCAAGCGGCUUAUGCUUUUUUGAAUCCUAGUAUAAAUAAAUAUGAUGAUCUACUAGGACUUUUGGAAGAAGCAACUCAAACUCAGGUGUCUGUGCAGCCUAUGGUUGCCUUUAUGGCCCUACGUUACGAGGAAAUAAUUCAGGGACUGGAAGAGAUGGCAGACGAAGGAGAAAAAGUUUUAAAAGAAAAUGGAGAACAUCUUGCUUGGCCAAGCCAAAUGAAAAACCUCUCAUCCUCUCCGCCUCUGAAGUCUGGCUCUGCUAAUAUCGAGCCCCCACCGGAUUUGUUGCAGCAGCUGCUUCAGUACACCACACAGAGAAUGCGAAAUGUGAGCCAGACUGUUGGUGGAAUUGGGGACUCUGCUCUGGAGGAGGCAGUGGAGUACUUUGCGUCAGUCUCAGAGCUUUUAGAGGAGAAACUAAAAGUCAAACGUGCAGUAGAGGCUAGGUUAAUGCGACUCCUAUCUCGUAUUGAAAUGGCCUCGCUGCGCAAGCCUGGGCCAGAGGAUUCUGCCCUCUUUAGUGAGGACAGUGGAAUUGGAGCAGAAAGUGAAUCCCUUGCUGGAUCUGAGAGACGUCAUAGACGAGAGAGUUGUGAGUCCACUGGGACAAACAGAACUACUCCUGUCAGUCCUGUGGGAUACACUUCCAUGAACAUUAGACAAGGAAGGUCAAGGCAAAAGCUUCUGAGUCAAAUAAGUCCGAGUGUUUCUCUCACCUCACUAAACUCACUAGGUUCGACAUGUACUAUCAUGGCUAAUGACCAAAGAGACUCAUUGCUAGGGUCAGUCUCCUUAGAUGAUGGGGAGGAUGAUGAUGAGGAGGAGAUGGACAGAGGUGUGGAAGCUGUGCAAGUAGCAUUCAGAAAGCGAUCAAAUUCUUCACCUGUACACCGUGAACAACAACAACAUCCACGUCGCCUACCCUCUAAGCGUGUAGAGAAUCCUCAAAAUGUGGAAAUGACUCUCAAACUAAAAAAUGCUAUUAGUGGUAGGAUACAGUUCAUCCCGUUACAAAACUCUAGUGCCAAAACAAAGGUGGCAGGCAGCCCAAAAACCAAUAGACGGGACUGGACGGAUGGAGAGGUACGAUCUCCAAGAAGGCCUCAGACAGCAGCACCUGUUCGGAAGGCAGUAGUGAAAAAGACCCCAGUGACUAGAGAGCAACGUUCCCGGUCAGCCGAAUCCCUGCGGAGCAAAGGGGAAGAUCCUACUCUACUUGAACUAGAAAGGACCCAGAAGGAUUUAAACCAGAGGUUGCAGAAGAUGGGUAAAAACAAAGCAGGAGGAACUACAAGGACUGCUCAGGUUAAACAAAAUCAAGGACACUCACCAGCACAAUCUCCAGCAAGAAUGCGGAAACAUCCCUCAUUAGAGAAGAACAUCAAUCCCCAACCACUUAAAGACAAAGCAGGCCUCACAAAAUGCAACAAUAACAAACAGGAGGUAACGAGUGAAGCAGAAGAAGACAAGCAAAAAGACAAGAAAUCCUCCAAUGGUCCUAUUAAAGCAACCCCACCGCCUAGCCCUCCUUCAUCACCACGACCAUCUUCUGGUCUUUACAGGGGCAGGAAUUCUGUCAAAAAACUAAUUGAUACCUUCAGCCAAGGAAUAGAGGAACCCGAAGGUCCUAAAGUAUUGGGACCUCUCAAGGGUGUACGGAAGUGUGGUGUUCCAGUGUUACCCGGUUUAGGAAAUGUAGAGGCUGUGCUCAGUGCUGGGAUGACCAGCUGCAGGCCUGAAUCCAUUUCAUCUCAGAAAACUGAAUAUUUAGAUCUGGACAGUCUUCCUCCACCUCCACCAGAAGUGUUAAUGGACAAUUCCUUUGAAACUGCCCAGAGUCUUUCAGCUGGUGCAGCAGUAAAUGGGGCCACAAAAGUAGGAAGGUCCCCUGUGUUAAAGAGGGCUGUAAUAUCACAACGCUUGAGGACCUCAGUUCAGUCAGUGACAGUGUUGCCAAGUAAAGGUGGCUUGCCACAGGCUCCCAAGGUUGUGUUUCCGGCCAAAGUGGAUCAGCAAGACACAUCUGCUCUAUCAAAGGUCAGCCAACCAGAUGUUAAGACAGAGACAGAACAGCAACCAAAAAAGAUCAUACACUCUUCAGGCUCUCAGUCAGAGAGAUUGCCAACAAGUCACGUAGCUACAUCUGUCAAUCAAGGAGAAUCAACAGACAUGCAAAGUGGUGGCAACCUUCCAGUGCCUGGACCUAACAAUACAGUGUCUACAGUGCCUCCUUCCUCAGCAGUUACCAGCCAGCCACUUGCAACCCCACCUGUGUCUCGAGGGCGAACAUUACCUUCCACACCUUCUACACCAAACAGCUUGCACCGAAGACUUCCCAGUCCUCACAGUUUCAAAAAACAACCUACUUCACCCUCUUCUGCAAGUCCCCUUGUAAACAGGAUGCUUCCAACACCACCAGGUGUUCAAAGGAGACUCCCCAGUCCACCUGCUCCAAAGCAGAACAUUUUAAAUUCAAGCCCAGCCACCUCCUAUGCUUUCAAAGCACCGUCUCCACCAGCCUCUCCAAAAGUGCAACGGUGGUCAAGGGAGAACAGCACCGAAGAUUUAUCUAGUACUCGGAAAGUCAGUAAUGCACGUUCAGUCUUCUGCCCUGCAUCUCCAUCAAUGUUUGAGGCCCAGCCUUGUUCAGUUCCCCAACAUCAACAAGCAUGGACCUCUUCCAGAGUUGCUUUUCUCUCUCGUACUUGGGGGGGUCGUGGGCGGAUUCCUGUAUCUGUCCAAGGGCCAAGACCCUUUGUACGACGCAGCCAAUCAGACCGAAGGCCAAGUCUAAGUCUACCACCACGGUUGCAAGGCGUCUCAGUAGCUGAGACUUGUGGGAGUGAGCCAUCGAUAUGUUCACAGGGGCUAGACGAUGAACCAAUCAGGGACCAGGAAUUAUGGGGAAGCCAAUCAGACCUCAGAGCUUCAUCACGCUCUGCGUCACAUCCGGACCUGUGUGUUGUUGGACAAGCCUUGCAUAAGGACUAAAGGGGCCAGUAGGAUUAUGGAUUAGCAGGGCCUUACCAAGGAUUUAAAGUUGGGCUGUUUAUUCCACUGGGAAGAGAGGAAGAGCUAAUUCUAUCCACGCUGCUGCAGUGACACGCCUCCACCAUGUUUAUGCUAAAGUGUGUGUGCAUUCCCACUAGUACUGUGACUGUGCAUGAAUCAGCUCUGGUGUUUAAUGUUUACAAUAUACAGAGCUCAUCUUCUGGUUUUAGAAGGAUGUUAUACCAUAGACUGUCCAGCUAAUUCAUUACUGGUUCCUUUGGAAAUCCACCAUACAUGACACAGGGUUACACAAGUUUACUUUCGGUUCAUUAAGCCCAGAGGUUGUAUCAUCAAAGGUCAAAUAACGUUGUGUUGUUGGCUCUGCAAUCUGAAGUGACUUCCUCAAUUUUUAUCUCUUUAAAAAGAAGAAAAAAUACUUCAAUACUUGUGAGUAUUUGUGGACUAAUACAUAAUGGAUGAGUAUUAAACAGCUUACUGUUAAAUUUGCCAAAUCUUUGAACGAAAUGAAAGUAACAAACCAUUCCACAAAGCAUGUAUUUGAAAUAUGUCAGAGGAUUUUGGGGAAAAAAUGAAUCCAACUGUAACCAUGAACUGCUUGUAAUUUGUCAUAUUUUUUGGAUUUCAGUGAGAUCUUUUUUUAAUGUUUGUCUCUAAAUUUUUUUUUAUUCUGAUGUUAUUUUUCAUUUAUUUCAUUUUUGCCAUGUUUUUUAAUAAAAAGGUACAUACAAUUAUA